GUCCGCCACCGUGUUAUGGGCGUGCGCAACUGCCUCGACGGCAAUAAUAUGUCAGGACAACGCGAUAUCCCCCUUGAACUCGGGGAACAGCCCGAGCAACCACCUUUGGAGGCCCCAGGGGCAGCUGCCCCCAGUCCUGGGCCUGGCACAGCCGAAGAGAUGGAGACCGAACCGCCUCACAGCGAGCCCGUCCCCCUCGAGAUUGAAGGAGAGGCCUGUGGACCCCCCGAGGUCUCCGGACCCAACUGCCAGGACCUGGGCCAGGCCAUCGAGGAAACCAGAGCCCUCGGAGGCUACAGCCCACCUCCCGAGGAAGCCAUGCCCUUCGAGGUCGAGCAGCCCAGCCCAGGAGGCUUCUGGCCUACCCUGGAGCAGCCCGGAGACACCACUGGGGCCCAUGCAGGCCCUGAGGUCUUCAGCCCAGCGGUCAUGGAGCCCGGAGCCUUCGAUGAUGCCACACCCGGCCUGGGAGGCUACAGCCCUCCACCUGAAGAAGCCAUGCCCUUCGAGUUUGAGCAGCCUGCACAGGGAGGUUGCAGCCAGCCUCUCCUGCAGGUCUCAGACCUCGCUCCAGGAGGCCCAGGUGCAGGGGUCUUUAGCACUCCUCCCCAGGAGCCCGGAGCCCUUGAAGCCCUUGAAGCAACCACAGGCUUCAGAGGAGACUGUAGUCCUCCCCCUGAGGAGGCUAUGCCAUUUGAGUUUGAUGGAGCAGCCUUUGGGGACGACAGCCCACCCCCCGGGCUCCCCCGAGCUAUCCCACAAAUCGACGGCGGCAGCAUCGGCCAGCCCGCGGCAGUCGCGGUCCCGAGUGCGGUCCUCCUCGCUCCCGCCGCGAACGAGCCCCCCCUCUGGGUCCCCGGCGCCAUCGGCAGCCCAUCCCGAGAGGCUGUCAGAUCUCCUCCACGCUUCGCGGGCGACAGCCCCCCGAUGGAGAUCUCCGGACCCCCGCUCGAGAUUGGCAGCGCCCCCGUUGGGGUCGACGACGCUCCCGUCAACAUGGACAGCCCCCCAAUCGCGCUUGACGGCCCGCCCAUCGAGGUCUCCGGAGCCCCAGUUAAGAGAGAGCGAGCAGAGAGAGAGAGACCCCCAGUUGAGGGAGAAGCAGCCGAGAUGGAAGGAGGCUCAGCCGCCGCCUCUGCUGCAGGGAAAGGAAAAGUCCCCUCUCCCGGGGACGGAGCCCCAGCGGCCGGGGCCGACCCUGCUUCUCCAGCCGCCGGGGCAGCCCCAGCCGCCCCUGACGCUCCAGCCGCCGGGGCAGCCGCUGCCGCCCCUGCCGCUCCGGCCGCCGGGGCAGCUCCAGCCGCCAGGGCAGCUCCUGCCGCCCCUGCCGCUCCGGCCGCCGGGGCAGCCCCUGCCGCCCCUGCGUCUGGAGCCCGACCCAAGCUCCGCUUCCUCCGACCCCCCAGCCCCGAGAUCCAGGCUGCCGAUCCGCCUACUCCGCAGCCUACUCGCGCAUUUGCCUGGCGGGGCAGGUCUGGCCGCGACGACGACGAGAGGUCGGUCAGCAGCGACGACGACCACAGCAGCGAUGAAUCCGACGAUGGGACCUCCGGAUGCCGCCGCUGGCUGCAGCCCCGGCGAAAUCGCCGCCGCCGAAAGCCCCGGCGCAACUUGCUCCGCAAGUUCCUCCUGCAGGCCUUCGGGGGCUGCUUCGGCCGAUCCGAGAGCCCCCAGCCCAAAGCCGCCCCCGGCCCCAAGGUCAAGAAGAUUCCCCUGGCGGAGAAGCGCAGACAGAUGCGCAAGGAAGCCCUGGAGAAGCGCGCCCAGAAGCGCGCAGAGAAGAAACGCAGCCAGCUCAUCGACAAACAACUCCAGGAAGAAAAGAUGGGGUACAUGUGUACGCACCGCCUGCUGCUUCUAGGUGCUGGAGAAUCUGGUAAAAGCACCAUUGUGAAGCAAAUGAGGAUUCUGCAUGUUAAUGGGUUUAAUGGAGAGGGCGGCGAAGAGGACCCGCAGGCUGCCAGGAGCAACAGCGAUGGUAGUGAGAAGGCAACCAAAGUGCAGGACAUCAAAAACAACCUGAAAGAGGCCAUCGAAACCAUCGUGGCCGCCAUGAGCAACCUGGUCCCCCCCGUGGAGCUGGCCAACCCUGAGAACCAGUUCAGAGUGGACUACAUUCUGAGCGUGAUGAACGUGCCCGACUUUGAUUUCCCUCCCGAAUUCUACGAGCACGCCAAGGCUCUGUGGGAGGACGAAGGAGUGCGUGCCUGCUAUGAGCGCUCCAAUGAGUACCAGCUGAUUGACUGCGCCCAGUACUUCCUGGACAAGAUCGAUGUCAUCAAGCAGGCCGACUACGUGCCCAGUGACCAGGAUCUGCUUCGCUGCCGCGUCCUGACUUCUGGAAUCUUUGAGACCAAGUUCCAGGUGGACAAAGUCAACUUCCACAUGUUCGACGUGGGUGGCCAGCGUGACGAGCGCCGCAAAUGGAUCCAGUGCUUCAACGAUGUGACUGCCAUUAUCUUCGUGGUGGCCAGCAGCAGCUACAACAUGGUCAUUCGGGAGGACAAUCAGACCAACCGCCUGCAGGAGGCUCUGAACCUCUUCAAGAGCAUCUGGAACAACAGAUGGCUGCGCACCAUCUCCGUGAUCCUGUUCCUCAACAAGCAAGACCUGCUCGCUGAGAAAGUCCUCGCUGGAAAAUCGAAAAUUGAGGACUACUUUCCAGAAUUUGCUCGCUACACUACUCCCGAGGACGCUACUCCCGAGCCCGGAGAGGACCCACGCGUGACCCGGGCCAAGUACUUCAUCCGCGAUGAAUUUCUGAGAAUCAGCACUGCCAGUGGAGACGGGCGUCACUACUGCUAUCCCCACUUCACCUGCGCCGUGGACACCGAGAACAUCCGCCGUGUGUUCAACGACUGCCGUGACAUCAUUCAGCGCAUGCACCUUCGUCAGUACGAGCUGCUCUAAGAAGGGAACACCCAAAUUUAAGUCAAGCCUUAAGCACAAUUAAUUAAGAGUGAAACGUAAUUGUACACGCAGUUGAUCACCCACCAUAGGGCAUGAUUAACAACGCGGCCUUUCCUUUUCCCCCCAAGUGAUUUUGCGAAAUCCCCUCUUCCCUUCAGCUUGCUUAAAUAUUCCAAAUUUAGAAAGCUUAAGGCGGCCUACAGAGAAAAAGAAAAAAAAACAAAGGCCACAAAAGUUCCC